AUGUCGCCGCCAGAAACACCCCUCACAAUAGCCGACAAGAUCGGCAGCUUUCAACUCUCCUCCCUCGAUCCCGCCGGUGCAGCCUUCACCCCUCUUCUCUAUAGAUUACGUGAAGAGACAUUUCCAGGACGGACAACUCAAAUCAGACAUGGCUCCUACCUGAGACGCUUCACCAAGGGACCACCUCUGGACAUCGACUUGACAACUAGCGACAAGCCUAACGCCAAUCUCGAGAGCGUUAUGCGCGAGUUUGGAUGGACUGGCUGCGUUGUUGUUCGAGAUGGGGUGAUCAGGGUUGAAGAGUACAGACAUGGAAACUCGCCUGCGUCUCGCAACGACAUACAGUCAGUCACCAAGUCUUUCAUGACGACUAUUCUGGGCAUCGCUCAGCAGCAAGGCAAGCUCUCUGUCGAUGAUACCGUUGGCUGUCACGUCGAAGAGUUGAAGGACACUGCCUGGAAGGACGUGCCCUUGCUGGCUCUCGCCAACAUGUCUGCUGGUGUUGUCGAAAUCUCCGAGGAAGCACGACCCCCAGAUGUCCCAAACCCAAUGUACGCUACCGACCUCUAUCCUCAGCGGGAUACCAACGCCGUACUCAGCUGGCUGCGUACGUUCAGAAAGGUGGCCGAGCCUUGGGAAGAGUUUCACUACUACAACCCCAACUUUUACGUGUUGUCGAUUGCCAUUUCUCGAGCAACUCAAGUGCCGCUGGAGGAGUACAUUUCUAGUCAAAUCUGGGAGCCCGCUGGAAUGCAGUACGAUGCGUACAUGCGAACAACCGGGGCGGGGCAGAUUGAUGGGCAUGGAGGUCUGUCAGUCACCUUGACUGACAUGGCUCGCUUUGGGUGCUUCAUCCUAGACGCCCUCAAGGGAGAAGGCAAAGGUCCUGCCUUGCCAGCAGGUUGGUUUCAGGAUAUUUCCGAAGCCAAGACUAGCGAAGGACCAAGAGCUGCUGGAGGGAACGACAUUAUUCCCACAUUUGGGUACGAAACGGGCUGGUGGACGCCUGCCAAGGGUGCAGAGGGAGGUCCGCUGAGGGAGAAUGGAGCGUUUGCCGGGUUUGGAAUGUAUGGCCAAUCCCUCUAUGUUAUCCCCAAGUUGGACACUGUCAUCGCGGUUCAGUCAGGAUAUCCCGAGCAUUCGUGGGACAUAUUUGCUGGGAAUAUUGACUUUGCUACCGCUGUUGUCAAGGCGCUGCAAAAAGAGGACAAACAAAUAUCAGCGACAUGA